CGUCUAUCCCCCGUCGGGGUGUCCUGUGGAUGCGCUCAUCUUACCGUCUCGCGAUGAUGAGUCAGAUCUUCGUUAUCUUCAUCCUGACUUCGCUUCGUCUUGCCGUCGACACCAACGGCGCAUUCAUCCCCUCAUCCCACUGGCUGUCGCACAAGCUCCCUCAGCAUCAAGGCUUCCCCUCACCGAAGCAGGGAGUCUCGCGCGUGAGGCCUCGCCUCAAAUCUGGUCUGGCAAUGAGGCAGCUGACGAAGGAGGAGGCGUGGACGGCUGUUGGCGACGCUGUGAGGUAUCUGAAGGAGCAUGAGAGCCCCAAGCCAUUCAUCUCGGGCAUCCUGGACUUCCUGCCGUCCAUCCACGGGCCCUCAUGGACGCUCGAACCCAACUGUGACUCGAUGACAGACGCCCCUUUCUCGGUCGGCAUGAUAGGCAACACACACAGCAUCUCGUGUGUGCAUUGCUGCGUGUCUGUGCGUUUGCUUGCAUGCAGACGUCUGCACUGAAGGCGCUGUAUGAAGACCAUUUAUCUCAGUCUCCCGUGGGCAAGGGCAUGGACACGGUGAUGGACCUCGAGGCACGCAAGUCACGAGAGGUGGCGGGGGGACUCGUGUCGCUCAAGAGCCUGGCUGGCAACUGGACCAGGGUGAUCGAGGGCAUCUGCCGACAAGUGGAGGAACAGAUGUCGCCCACCAGCCGUGUGCAAGCGGAUUGGUACAAGAUGUUGCUCUAUGGCGAGGGAGACUUCUUCGAAGUGCACAAGGACACGCAGCGCCCGAACGACCACUUCGCCUCGCUCCUCGUCUUCCUGCCCACCGAGUAUACUGGAGGUGACUUUCUGCUGCACGACGAUGGGGACUUCGAUGGCGACAGAUUCAACAAGGAGACGCAAGACGCCCUGGGGCACCAGCAAGUUCGAUGGAUCGCUUUCUACUCCGACAUUGUCCACAGCGUCAAGCCGGUUGUGUCGGGAUAUCGCCUUGCGCUCGCCUACAACCUGCGCCGUCACGAGACUGGGGAGAGGUUCAAGAAGGACGGCCUGCUGGCGCCCCCAUUGCAGCGGCUGGUGGAUGGCAUGAAAGAACACUUCAACUCUCCCCAGGUACAUAGAGACGGACGGUCGAUCGUCCGUCUACACAUUGCGAUUGUGUAUGUGUCUCUUCUCUCAAGGCCAACGAGUCGUGGGUGUUUCAGCUGCAGCACGAGUACACUCUAUCGAGCAUGACGCCAGCUCACCUCAAAGGCAUCGACAGCGCCCUCUACCAGCUGCUCUCCACACACUUCGACUGCGACAUCCGCCUAUUGUGCGCAUACCAGUGGUUCGACGACGACCCCAAAAUGAACCUCGUUGAUGAGAAAUAUGCAGGAGAGAUGAAGAAGAUCGCAGCAUUUUACGAAACGGGACCAGGCCGCAAGUGGCUCGGCUGGCGGCAUAAGCCGAAGGAGGAGAGGGCAAAGGAACGAGAAGAGAAGGAGCGAAUGGAGAGCGAGCUGGCUAAGAACUUACCGGCUCUCUCCUAUCAAUUAGGAGGAGACGAUGACCUCGAGGCACUGGGGCGUUUGCUGCUUGACCCUCGCUCCCUGGAGGUGUGGGACACAGCGAGAUCGGAUUGUUGGUUUGACGAUGUCUACAGUCCGCUGCAACUCAUGAAUUACCUGAACUGGGGCCCCGAACGAAGCCAUGUGUAUCAGCUCCGCCCUGCAGGGGAAUGCAGGAUCCCUGGCACUCGUUCGGCACUCGGCUACAACCUAGUAACCAGACGGCUGAUUACCAAAUACGCAGGGAACGAGGGCACUGCUGAUUUUGAGUUCCAGUACAUCACAGUGGCACUUGUUGCCAAGGGAGUCAUUGACGAUGACAAGAAAGAGGCGCAAGCCUUGCGAGAUUGAUGUGUAUGUUAACAUUUAAGGGUUUGUGAGAGAUGCAGACCACAACGCGACGUGACGUGACGUGAAUGGCACCAGCUGCGAAUGCAUAGUUGACAUGUGUCCUUGUGCAUAUUAAGUCAUGGGUUUUGAUUGAUUCA